AUGGUUCACCACCUCCUUCCAGUUCUUCUUUUGUUCGUACAAGUCACCAUUUCUCAUGCAGAUUUGAUGCGAACUGUCUAUUGUGCCAACAAAUGUAACGACUACUUGAAAGUUCCAGAAGCAAAUAUUCCAAAGUGUGAAGAAAGACAUCUGAAAUUGAAUCAGUGCGGAACUGUUAUUUCCUGUUCGUGGGCAGAUGUUGAGCUCGAAAAACAACGUCCAGUUGCCAAUGCAACAGAUGAUAUUGUGUGCUGUUACAGUGUUGUUUUGAAAGAGAAAGGAGAUUGUGAUGCACAACAAACAUUGAGCUCAUCAAAGAAGAACACCCAUCGGCCAGUUCACUCAAACGAUUGUCUCUCACAAACUCCAGCACUUUUCAGUGUAAUCGCAGUUCUUCUGAUUCUAUUAGCAGCACAGAGUUUCUACAUCAUGUGGACAUGUGCCUUCCAACGUCGAAUGUAUCAUCAGAAAGUGUGUCAACUCGAAGAAUCAACAGCCACUCAUUCACAAGGACCUCUCUACACAGCUAAACCAAUCUGUGAAUCGCAUCUUCUAUCAUUUGAGCAUCUUCCAAAUUGA